UUUCGCUGCACCCGAAUUUUUUAAAUUUGUGCAAAAUGGACCUUUCAAGUUCAUUUCUCGUCGUUUGGUUCACCUUUUCAACGAAAGAUCAUCCUUUUCGUGUUCUGGAAAAGUUCUACGCUCUUCUAUAUGGCACCUUCACAAAAAGGUCACGUGCCGCGGCGCUUAAUUAUAGAAGGCAGCUCGCGUCUGGCGUCUGGCAUAGAAGAGGAAAUCGCCUCCGACCUUGACCUUUCGCCACCCGUUUUCACACUCGGCCAGCCGUUAGUAUGGAGCUGCGGUGCUUGAGCCGGAGCAAAAUUCAACCAGUGUUCGACGCUUCAGUAAAGUUCCCGAACGGAGUGCUCUACGGCUCGACCUACGAUUUUGGCAACUUCGACGAGUGCAUGCAAGUGCAGUCGAAACGAGACAACAUUCAGGGCAAAUACUGCCUGGCUAGAAUCAGAAUUUUUCCCGACGCGGCAGCCGCUUCAAUUUCCUCAACUUCCAUGCCCGACGAGGCAACUUUGACCGCCACCUCGGUGGCGCCUCCCACGUCGACCACGCCGUUUGUUGUUGACGACGGUGCUGGGGUCAACAACGAGUCUGCCUGGAGGAAAAUCGAGAUGAUCGCUGAAGAUCCUGCGAAACUGCGACGUGACGAAGUCCACUGGGCCUUUUGCAUCCCGUCCUCGUGUGAACCUGAGGACCUGACCGUGCACCUUGAAGACGCUCUUUCGGUUUACACCGAGCAGUACGGAUUUGUUGCACGCGUCGACGUUGAAGGUGACAUGUGCACAGUCAAUAAGGACUUCAAUCUUACCACAGGGGACAUCAUAACAAUAUGCGUCAUUUUCUUGUUCGCGAGCAUCGUCUCUGCUAGCACCGGAUAUGACUUGAUCAGGCGGUUUCGCACAUUCAAGUGGAUCGAGUUGAAAUCUGAUGUGGGCCACAAUGUGGUCAUGUCCUUUUCGGCCGUGGCCAACAUUGGUAAACUUUUGGCGCACAAGAAAAGUCCCGACGGUCUGGAUUGCAUCCACGGCUUGAAACUAAUGUCAGUUUUCCUCAUCAUCAUGGGCCACAGACUCAUGUUCAACCUCGGCUCUCCUCUCAUCAACACGGAGUUCAUCGAAGGGUUUUAUGGUCGCAUUGACGCCAUGAUUCUGCUCAAUGGACCGAUCGUGGUCGACACCUUCUUUACUAUCAGCGGCUUCUUGGUCUGCUACCUUCUUCUUCAGGAAUUCAACCGCAGGAAUGGCAAACUCAACUUUUUCGCCCUCUACCUCCACCGAUACGUUCGACUGACCCCUGUCUACAUGGUGGUGCUUGGUUUCUACGCGACAUUGUUGGCGAAAAUCGGCUCUGGGCCUCUGUGGCAACGCAAAGUAGGCGUGGAGGUGGAAAGGUGCGUCGCCUCUUGGUGGGCCAACAUCCUUUACAUCAACAACUACGUCAACACCGACCAACUCUGCAUGUUCCAGUCGUGGUACAUCACGUGCGACUUCCACCUCUUCAUCAUCUCGCCGCCCAUCAUCUGGCUGCUGUGGAAGAAGCCUUUCUGGGGCAAAAUCACCCUGGCUACGGUGACCGUGACCUCGGUACUAAUCGCAUUCUUCGUCACCUACUGGGGCAAGCUCGACGCUCUUCUUCUCCUGUACAUGAAAACGCUCAGUGACCCGAUUGCCAACAACACCUUCCGCGAGAUGUACAUUCCCACUCAUACCAGGGCGAGUCCCUACUUUAUCGGCAUGGCCGCCGGCUACCUGCGAUACCUCAUCAAGAAAAACGACACCAAGUUGCCUAAGAUCGGCGUGUGGCUUGGCUGGGUGGUGGCCCUGGUGCUGAUUGAGGGCACCAUCUUCUCGGCGUGGGUCUUCUACUUGCCCGGAAGGGAGUACAACGCACUGCUCAACGCGCUCUACGGCGCCUUCCACCGGAUCACGUGGAGCGUCGGCACCAGUUGGCUCAUCCUCGCCAUCUCCACGGGCAACGGAGCUUUCAUGGAGCCGAUUCUGACUUGGCGGCCGAUCGUGCCCCUGAGCAGGUUGACGUACUGCGCGUUCCUGGCGCACGGCGGGUUGCAGCUCUACUCGGUCGCCUCCAGUGGCAACCCGUUCUACGGCUCUGUUUACAAUCUCGUGUGGUUUACGUGCGGCGACAUCGUCGUCUCAUUCCUCGCAGCCCUCGGCCUCUCCUUGAUGUUUGAGUCGCCCAUUCUGGGCCUGGAGAAGAUCUUCCUCAGAAGAGAGGGCUCGAAAGAACAGCCGAGACCGAGUUCGAGUUGCGGCACUUCUGAAGUUACAGUCGACAUCGUCGAGGCGUCGCAGUGUAACGCGAACAUGGUGCAACACUGGAGAGCGACUGAGGCGACCAAGCCGUGAAAAAUCUCGCGCCCCCAUCCAUCAUCGCAUAGACCCCCGCCGACUGAUGACAUAUAAAUACAUCCAUCCUGCGGCUCCCCGAUUUUGACACUUUGCCCACUCUGUCAAACAAAAGAGGGAGUAGAGAUUAAUUUAUUUUUCUCUUGACAGAGUCCAUUUCGACUGUGUACAUAUUUCUGAAAAAAAAG